UUGCAUGUUGAAAGAAGGUCCAGUUUACUGGACAGAUGUCCCAGGCAUUAGGGAACAAGUUGUAAAUAUCUGUUAUUAUAAUAACCAGAUGAGGGGGAGGGGGAGCCACAGGAUGCCUGCAGUAUUUGUAUUUGUCUACGGUGGACCUUUCUUCCUGUCAGACUUUUUCUUUCUUUGUGUAAAUCUCUUAAUGAUCUUGUUUACCCUUGACUGAUGAUGAUUACUGAGUGGGCAGAAAGCUUUUCCAUAAAAAGAAGCAGGAAAUCUGUUAUUGCUCACAAGUUUCAGUCUGCUCUGUGUCUGUCUCAAACACACUCACGCACAUACACACUCCAAGUCACAUAAAAUGGAUUUACAUUUCUCUGUAGUUAAUCUACAGCAGAUUAAGAGUUUAAUGAAGCUGUGACUUCCUUGGAUUUAAUGCCCAGACUCUAAACAAACACACCAAGGAUAGAAUAUCCACGGUCCGCCUUGGUUUCCUGACUAAGAUGUGAUGUCACUCUGGAGGGAAAGAGGGGGGCCCGCUGAGAUUCCCUCACUAUCUGCCGAGGAUGUGAGAGGCUGAAGCUGCUUUUGCACCACCCCCUCCAUUUCCCCACAGUCAACAGGAAGACUGGAGGCCAAAGAGAGCGGCCACACUCUGCAGGAGAGGAAGGACGUAGAGGUCCAGCUGUACCGUCAGAACAAAGGAAAACAAUCAAGGCAAAGGAAUGAGCAAGAAUCAGAAAGAAGUGAAGAAAAUCCAGUCAGUCUAUCUGCAGAACUUGGAGAAACUAAACCAAGGAAUAAAGCCAGAAAAGAAAAGUUGGAAACCGAAGGAGGGAGAAUUUGCUAUGCAGACAGCAAUGGAAAAGUUGCGACAGCCUCCCAUAGCAGGACAAGUGACCAAAAGCUCAGCACACAGAAUCAGCAGAGACCUGACCUGCUCCAUCUGCUUGGAUCUUUUCAAGCAGCCGGUAUCUCUGCCCUGUGAUCACACCUUCUGCCUGGGGUGCAUCGAGGGCUACUGGACCGGUCCCAGGGGCCCUGGGCAGGGGGGCACAGGCUCCUGCCCUCAGUGCAGGAAGGUGUACCCUGGGCAGAGCUACAGGCCCAACCGCAUUGUUGCCAACAUAGUGGAGAGCUACUGUCAGGGUCUGGAGGAGAGCGGGAGCGGAGCCCGCCUGGCAGAUGUCGGGGUGGUGGAGAGGGUUCCUGCUCCGGUCCCCCGCUGCAGCAGACACAGAGAGGAGCUGAAGCUGUACUGUGAGGAGGACCAGGAGCUGGUGUGUCUGGUGUGUGGCGUCUCCCAGGAGCACAGGAAUCACACCAUGAUGUGUGUGCAGGAGGCUGAACAGAAGUACAGGGCGUCUCUGAACAGCUCCAUGGAUUCUCUCAAAGCUGAACUCAACACAGCGCUGCAGUAUGACAGAGAAGCCGAGGAUGAGGUUAAAAAGCUCAAGGAGCACACAGCUGACCUCAAGCAGCGCAUUGAGGCCCAGUUCAGCGACCUGCACCAGUUCCUCUACCAGGAGGAGAAGCUGCUGCAGGUGAAGCUGAAGACGGAGGAGCGCAGAGAGCUGAUCCGCCUGGACGAGCACAAGGCCCUGCUGUGUGUGGAGAUCUCCCGCCUGCAGAGAGCCGUCCACGAGAUAGAGGACAAGCUGAAAGAGCAAGACCCGUUCACCCUGCUGCGAAGCAUCAAAAUCCUGCUCCAGAGGCCAUCGCUGAAGUUUGAGAAACCUGCAUUUACACCGCCCAGUCUGUGUGAGGGUCGGUUUGCAGGGCCCCUCCAGUAUAGAGUGUGGAAAUCCAUGAAAGGAAGCAUUUACCCAGUUCCAGCAGCCAUCACCUUUAACUCCAGCACGGCAAACCCCUGGCUCAGCCUGACCUCCUCCCUCACCUGUGUUCGCUACCAGACCUUUAACCACACCGUGCAGGACAACCCCUACAGGUUCAAUGCUGCCCUGUCACUGCUUGGAAGCCAGGGCUUCACCCACGGACGCCACUACUGGGAGAUCGAAGUCUACAGCAGCACAGUCUGGACUGUGGGGGUGGCUCGAGAGUCUGUGCCAAGAAAGGGAGUCAUCAAAGCCCUCCCAGCCAACGGCUUCUGGACUCUCUCCCUCUCUUAUGGGAUACAGUACAUGGCUGGCACUUCGCCUCCAACUGUCCUGUCCCUGGAGGAGCCACUGGCCAGGAUCGGAGUGUACCUGGACUACAAGAGGGGACUGGUGUCCUUUUAUAACGCAGAGAGCAUGACACAUCUCUACACCUUCAGGGAGAACUUCAGUGAGACACUGUACCCUUACUUUAACUUGGGCUUCCUGGAUAAAGUGCAUGAAAAUGAGCCUCUCAAAGUUUUCUUACCAAAGAUUUAACAAAAUUGAAAAAAUAAAAAUAAAAAGUGGUAACAGAAGGGUAAAAAGUUACAAAAAGUUGACACAUGAAAUAAAAAUGCAUAUCAGAAAAAGAGAAAACAGAACUUGUGCACAUAAUUAGAUACAGAAAUGUAUUUGUACUUGUGCAAUAUACAGUUGAUUCUAGACCUAUCUGUCUGAUAGAAACACAUGUAUCUUAGGAAACAUUUUUUCUAACACAUUGUUCAAUAUGUAGACUGGAUCUACUGCCACACAUUUCAUUUCAGAGAAGCUGUGCUUCAGUGAAGAAUGAGAAACUGUCUGGUAACAUGACUGUUGUGAGAUUAAAUGUAAUGUUCUAUUAUGGUUGCUUCUAUGAUUCAAUAAUCUUUUUUUGUGCAUGAUACAUUAACAGUAAACAUCUUAAUCAUUUAAUACUGUGAUUUUUUUUUUACAUUUUGAAAAAAGUUUUUGUUGAUUCUACAGUGUUAUGUACUUAUGAUGUCUUUGGUGCUUUCAGGGGGUUUGGGAAAUGUUAAGCUUUUUGAUUAGAGCUGGUAGAAGCAGGGUGAUAAGACACAUAAAAGGAGCUUCAGUGUAAUAGUCAGUUUUAUGUGAACAAACGGUUAUAAUUUUGGAUAUUUACUUUCUACUUCCUGCGCUAGAUGAAUUUAGGGCACCAGCUGUUUGCCCUUGUUGAUCCAGAGCCUGAUACUUGUAAAGUGGCACCCAGUAUCACAGUUAUAUGGGCAAUAUUUUAAUAAAAGUAUUUCUUGAAAAUUA